CCCAUUAUAAUUAUUGUUUCUUUUAAUAAAAGUCCACAACUUUCACUUCUUUGCUCUACUUUCUUUCAUCAUUUUCCUUCCCCACUCAGCCACUCUCUUUCUUUCUCAACAAAGUGAAGUUCUUUUUUUUUUUUUUGUUUUGUUGCUUCCAUGGAUUCCUACGAGGCAACAAGGAAGGUUUUCUCUAGGAUCCAGAGUUUAGACCCAGAAAAUGUCUCCAAAAUCAUAGGUUACCUUCUCUUACAAGACCAUGGAGAGAAGGAAAUGAUAAGAUUGGCCUUUGGACCUGAGGCUCUUGUGCACAAUCUCAUCUUCAAAGCCAAAACUGACUUGGGUCUCUCACUCUCCUCUUCUCCAACCACACCCAUCUCUAGACCCAAUAGUAACCCCCUCUCCAGAUCAUCAUCAUCAAUCACCAUGAGCAAUGGCUCAAGCUUUGAAAUUACUAACAACAACCCAUCUUCUCCUUCUAAUAAUCCUUGGCCUCCCUCUGUUUUCUCCUCGGAUCUUAACAACCCCAUGAGUCCCAGCUCCAAUUCUUCGCGUUCUUAUGCAAGUAUGGUCAGUGGAAAUUGUAACACGGUCUCUGGAUCUUUUUCUUCCUCUGUUUCCUCGUUCUACAACAAUGGGAGUGACCUAAUUGACGAGUACCAGCUUGAAGACCAGCUUUCUUACCUUACUGAUUCGAAAGCAGAUGAGGUGUUUGAUCCAAGACUUGAACUAUCAGUGAAUAGUCCAACUGGUUACAACGACACCCACCUGCACAGGCGAAGCUAUUCUGUUCCUGGUGUCUGUUUCGGCUCCGAAGAUGCGAGCUCCGGAUUCGGAUGGAAGCCAUGCUUGUACUUCGCUAAAGGAUUUUGCAAAAACGGUAGUAGUUGUCGGUUUCUCCAUGGAGAUUCCACCGAUGGUACUGCCAUUGUUGGUUCACCAAGUAAGCUUAGUGAAUUUGAGCAGUGUCAGGAGCUACUUAAAUCAAAGUCUGCUUUAGCUCAGCAGCAGCAUCAGAAGUUAGCUGCAGCUUCACAGUUCAUGAGUGGAACUUCAUUUCCUUAUAACAAGUGCAUGAAUUUUUUCCUUCAACAACAACAAAGUGACUCUCCAAGAUCACCAGCAGCUGCUGCAUUAAUGAUGGGGGAUGACCUUCACAAGUUUGGCCGAUGCCGGCUGGAGAGGAACGGAUUUCCGGCGAUGGGGUUUGGAGAUGCAAUGAACAACCCAGGUUCUAGGCAGAUUUACUUGACAUUUCCUGCUGAUAGUACAUUCAGAGAAGAAGAUGUUUCAAAUUACUUCAGCAUUUAUGGACCAGUUCAAGACGUGAGGAUUCCUUAUCAGCAGAAGAGGAUGUUUGGGUUUGUUACAUUUGUGUAUUCAGAGACUGUGAGGAUAAUAUUGGCCAAAGGGAACCCACAUUUUGUCUGUGAUUCCAGGGUGCUUGUUAAACCUUACAAGGAGAAAGGGAAAGUGCAGGAAAAGAAGCAACAGCACUUUGAUAGGGGAGACUAUUCAGCAUGUCCAAGUCCGUCCGCGCUUGAUUCCAAAGACCCAUUUGAUCUCCACCUUGGACCAAGAAUGUUUUACAAUACCCAAGAGAUGUUGCUGAGGAGGAAACUGGAGGAACAUGACUUGCAGCAAGCAAUUGAGCUGCAAGGGAGAAGACUCAUGAACUUGCAACUCAUGGACCUCAAGAAUCAACGUGAUUACCAAUUCCGCCAUGGUUUAUCCACUAGCUCUCCCAUACCCUCACCAACUCUCAGCCGCACACCCAAUGGCCAAGCCCCCAACUUUUCACUUUUUGGCAUUGAUCAGAAAAUCCCAGAAGAAAAUAGCAGUAGCCCAGUUGCUAUUGUAACUCAAACUGAUGUUGCAGAAGCUCAGCAGGCAAUGAAUUCAGCUUGCAGCCUCAAAAAUGGCAAUGGCACUGGCAAUAAUAGUAAUGGAGAAGACAACAAAUCUAACAUUGAAGAUGGUGAUCUCCAUGAGAGCCUAGAGCACAUUCUCCCUGAUAACCUCUUUGCUUCUCCCAAGAAAUCAACCAGUGAUCACCUCACUGUCUUCUCCACUGCUACAAUAUUAGAGGUGGAUCAGAAUAAUACAGCUGCAGUUUCAGCUUCUAACAGUAACUCUUGUUUACUCUCACAAACCAAUAUGGCUCCUCUUAGGUCAUGUUUCCUUCAAAUUCCCAGGUUUUCGUCUGAUUCUGGAAACAUUGGCAUGUAGUUAGUAAAAGAUGAGCACUUGCCUUUGUUAAGGGAAACAUUUAACUCUGGACAAAAGUCAGCUUAGCUGUAUAGCUCAAAAAACUAUACUUCUCUCACUACAAAGAGAGAGAUUAUCAGUAGACAAGAUAUCGGCAAGAUCACCAUCAUCAUCAUCAACACAUAAUCUACUUACAAUCAAUACAUAAUAUUGCAUACAUAAAAAGGACAGAUGAACUGAUUUAUGAGAGUGGGGUUUCUAAUCUCUAUGUAGCUGUGUGUCUGUGAAUGCUGGACCACACACAGCAAUUGCAGAACAAUCAAACAAAGAAGGCUAGUAAAUCUCUUUAUCCUCUAAAUGUAAUUUUACUUGUUUUCUCUUUCUUUGUUUACUGAUAAAGAAAUGAACUUUUCUAUGAAUUAGAACUAGAUCUCUAUGUCACUAUUUGUACAGAAGUAGAGCCAAUGAGUUUAUAAAGUUACUGUAAGCCACAGGAGCACAACUCCUAUCCUGAUAUGGAGACCCAGAAAGGAAAAGUUAGUAGA